UCAAUGAGUGGUCCACGGAGCCGAGCAGCUCUGAGAGAGAGCAGCCUCCGUCAGAGAGGCAGAGAGAGAGAGAGAGGAGCAGAGCUCCRACAACCUGACUGCGUUCCAAGGAUUUAACGCGCACAAACACGACCUCUCGCCCCGUUUUAUACGAUUUAGUCGCGUUCGUUUCUUGCGUGUUUGUUUCUUUAUUUUUCUACYGGAUGAGAACCGAACGCGCGGCUCCUCUGCGGCUAAUCCCGUUCCACGCUCCAGACCUGGGAAUAACAAUGAAAAAUGUAGGUGACACAUUUUCUUUCACAAUGCUGCAGGAAUCACGACGGGAUCCUGGCCAGGAUGAGGAAGUGUGAAAACUGGUGUGCACGUGAACCUGCGAGAGACUGGAGGGACUAGUCUGAUCCGGACUCCAUCAUCUGCAAGUUUUUCUGAAAAAAAAAAAAUUCCCAACUUCCUUGCUGCCAACGCCAAGGCUCCUGCAAAAAUAAUCCCACUCUUUUUUUUUCAUGGAAGGGAUUAAGGCUUUAGUUCUCUUCCCUUGUUUUCUACCUUUUUGUUCCAAGCACGACCAAAACCAGAUGCCAAACUGACUGUGUCAAGAGGAGAAGCAAAAAAAAGUCUUUAAUGGAACUACUGAUCACAAAAUAAUCAGUUAUUCUCAUUUAACCCAUAAAUACAUCAAACAUCUCAUCAAAUUUAAAYCCCUUACUUGCUGUAAAAAUGUAAUAUUUGUUCAGUGUUUGCUGCUCUCCAUGCUUACAGUGCGACUCCCUUCUCAUGAGACCGUAAUCAGUGCAUUAUUGGUUCAAAGUGCUUUAUAAACAGAUCGCCCAGUCGCCGGCUUGCUUGUAGUUCUGAGUGACAGCCGAAGCGUGUGCUACGCAGCGAUAGCUUCAACGGGACGCCGUUKUGACUGACGGGUACCACGAGCCACGUCUAGCCAGACAAAUCCAGGCACCAGAGCUGCCACCGCCGCUGCUUCUGCUGGCUGCUGCUAUCUCAAAAGGCUUAAACCGUUCCUCUCAAUCUGCGCUGUGAAACACUGUCGACACUUUUGCCUAUCUCCUUCUUCCAGUGGUUUGUAUUAGCGACGCCUCUCAUYGUUGUCGUCUCGUUUUUCUUCCGUCCGUGGCGCUCGGUUCAUGCYGCACCGAACGACGUGAACACGCCCCCCUUUUCCCCGGCUCCCGGUAACCUCCCCGACCUCAACGGCGUUCUUCCUUGUUUUCAACGAGAAACCAUGCAAUUUAAAACCUUUCACUGUAGUCRCAUUUUUCUUUGAAAGGAUUUUGUAAAAAUGAACACAACCUAAAGCCAUACCGAACACCAGCCAUACAUCUAACGUCUCACAAUCUAUAAAUUUGUUUGGUUUUGUUGUCCAGAGGGGAUUUUUCUAUCACAUUGGUGCACAUACACAUUCAGGGAAUCAACGAGAGAACUGCUAGUGAAGACCCCCCCACCUCCCAAAACAAAUUUCAAAUGUUUGUAUAAAAGAACAGCUUUGUAUGUUCUGAAUUUUUCUACCUGCAUUUUUCUAAAUCCAGCCUCCGCAGUGAAUCUGUGAUCACAAGGCCCCGCUGCGUCGAGUAGCGCCCGUGUCCAGUUCCACGUCUUCGUCUCGUGCUCCUCUUCGGUGACGGAUGAAUCCAGACAYUUUCAUGUCUCUUCUGUGGGCAAAGCCUCGCUGCCCUGCUAGAACCGGGCCCAAGCCCUCCUUCGUUCUCUUCUGUUGGGCCAAGCUAAACUCAGAGCAGAGACACUCGCGCGAGGGGAUCGAACGCACAUAGAUCCACUUUAUUUGUUUAUCUUCUUUUAAGUUGCCACCAGCUCUUUAUUGUUCACACUCUUGUGAAAGCCUUUACRUGCUCAAAUAUUAAACGAGCUGUUAUCUAAUUUGAUGCUGCUUAAAACUGUUACACACAAAUUAGAAAAUUAAAGCAAAAUGAGAAGCGUAUUACCUUUACUAAUUCUCUUUUUGUAAAUUCCUUAAAAGUUAAUUUAUCUGGAAAAAAUGUAAAACAAAUUUGUGUCUAAAUUGAGCCAAAUUUAACUUUCUCCUCAACUUAACCUACAAACAAAGCUGAAAAAUUUGAAGCUGCCAUCACGGUUAUUUACAGAGGCAAACACACAGUGUGUGAUUUUAUUUGACACAUAAUCCAUACAGGUCAACAGAAGUGCCAAACUCCAAGAAAAAUAGAUGUAGUAGAGCAAGUUAAAGUUUACAUACAGCACUCGAUGUUUACAAACCACAGUUUUCAUUCAGUUUUAUUUUUCAGUUCAUUUCAAACUAUGUGCCAACUCCCAGAACAAAGUUUCUGUGAAGAUAUAAGUCUUUCCUGUUGGACAUUCUGUUAAGAGUUUACACUUUUCUCAAACUUCUUUUGUUUACAGAAAAACCUUAUAAAUACUGCCGAUUUAAAAACCUUUAAAGGGGGAAAAGGACGCCCCUUUGUCGACUGACAGACCAAAAUUAAACAUCUAAAACCUGGUGCCAUACAACGGAUCCAUCUUGUUUCUGUUUCGUUGGGAUUUCAUUUAGACUGUCGUGAAGCAUAGGGCCUAAAAUUUGUGAAAGACCUCAAUGUUUACACAAGCUGCUUUUGGGAGGGAUUUGUACUCAAAGAAAUGUUUACAUUCAGAUGGCGAGAAAUGCCAAACACAUAUGUGGAUGAGCUGCUGAAAUCUGAGGGAAACUCAUCCACCUGAACGACAUGAAACGGGACUAAUUCUUCACACUGACUUGAAAACUUUUCAUUGUGGACAAUUUUUUACAUAAUUCAAGAAGUUGCCAUUUCGUCGGAGGACGCUGAUCAAUUUUUUUAUAGCUUUUUUUAAAAUGGCGGCCCAGAAACUUUGUCGCCAAACGAUGAAACCCGUCGUUUCCGAGAUGAGGUUUUGGCUUUGCACCGUCCUCAUGCUUUUCUACUGCCUCCMUGUUUCCACGCUCACCGUCACGAUGGAGCGACGAGCUGUCGAUGGAGACCUCAGAAACUCUGCGGCUGCGGAUAAAAAAAGCGCCACUCUGUUCCUCCUGACGGGCUACAAGCCUCCGGGCGCYGGCCGAGCCGCGGCGGCGCCAAAGGCGGCCGAGAUGGAGGACGGGGACGAUCCGCCAGCUGUGGCUGAGCUCCCCCCAAAGCCCCUCCCUCAGACCAUGCUGUCGAGGAACAUGACAGAAGUCGGACUGAAGCCCCCMUACAGCCCAGCCCAGGUGGCUCCACCCCCCAGACAGCUGGUUAAUGUGGACAUCUGCAGGGGUUACUUCGAUGUCAUGGGGCACUUCGACAACACGUUCAACUGCUCCAAGGACACGUACAUUUACUGCUGCGGGACCUGCCACUACCGGUUCUGCUGCGAGCACCAGGGCCAGCGGCUGGAUCAGGACAGCUGCACCAACUAUAAGUCUCCAGUCUGGGCCGACCAGCAGGCCACCGUCACCGUGCCCACGGACAACAAGCCCAUGGCCAAGAAUCUGGAGCAGCAGAACAGCAGUACGGCCUACGUGAUCGGAGGGGUGAUUUCCUUCACGCUGGUGGUGGCUAUUGGCGUCAGGAUCGCCUUCAGCAAGGUGGCACGUCGACCCCGCAACAGAGAAAUCAACAUGCCGAGGUCGCUGGUGGACAUCUUGCGUCACCAGUCCAGCCCCAUGCAGCAGGGCGAAAGGAACAACGCCGCGGUGCUGACCACCUCUGACGGUCGCACGUCCAAAAGCCUCUACACGCCCAUCCUGCAGAUGAAAGACAACCGCACUGGGAACUUGCACCACCCUUUUAACCAGCAGGGCUCUGCUUCCAGCCCCAAACACUCCGCUACCAUCGAGCGUGGGACUCGUAUGAACAACACCCCCCAGUUAUCAUCUGGGCCCACCCUGAUUUCUGGCAGUGGUAAAGGUGUCGGAGGGAUUGGCAGCGGCAUCAUGGGAGGGAGCAUGAGAUACAACAGCAGCCACCCGUCUUUCUCCCACUCCUUCCACAACCUGGCCCAGCUGCCGCCGUCCUACGAGGCCGUCAUGAAACCAGAGCUCAACCGCUACAGCUCCCUGAAGAAGCUGGAGAAAGAACUCGACGAGUACUCCGGCUAUUACUCAAAUAAACGUCGCUCCAACAACGCCCCGCCCUCGUUCCACUCCUCCCAGCACCACCUGCCCUACGGGGGGGAUUACACGCUGGGGUCCAGGGGGACUCUGCCGCUCCACGGCUCACGGCCGCACCUCCACAUCCCCUCCACCCCGAACCCUUACCCGCUGCCCUCCCAGACGCCGUACCCCAGCUCCACCUUCGACAGGCCGCCGCGCCGCGUCCGCUCCCAGGACCAGCUGCUGGCGUUCGGGGAGGGCAACACCCUGUCCCAGCUGUCCAAGAACCAGCAGCACCAGUACUACAAAGCCAUGAUGAGUACCAGCAGGAGCUCCACGUCGCAGACGCUCCGCAG